CUCCCGCCGUCUGCACAAUUCUUCUUUCCCAGCACAAUGGAGGCAGUGCCUGCUUUCCUGCUGAAAACCUCGACACCCAAAGGCCGAAUCUUCGCCGUCUUCACUUGCAUGAUGGUCUGCCUCGCUGCGUUAUGUUUUCUGCAAUUCAAACUCUCUAAACCCAAAAACAAAGAUUUUUAUUCUUUCCAAGUCCUGAAUUCCAAAGGGAAGCUCGUCUCCUUGGAAAAGUACAGAGGCAAAGCUUCUCUGGUUGUAAACGUGGCGAGUAACUGCGAGCACACAGACGACAAUUACCGAGCGCUCCAAGAGCUGCAGAGGGAGCUUGGGCCCAUGCAUUUCAACGUGCUGGCGUUCCCCUGCAACCAGUUCGGGAAAUCAGAGCCCGGCAGUAACUCCCACAUCGACAGUUUCUCCAAAAACAGUUAUGGAGUCAGUUUCCCCAUAUUCGGCAAGAUCAAAGUGUUAGGCAACGAGAGUGACCCUGCUUUUCGCUAUCUUAUAGAUACUACAAAUAUGGAGCCUCGGUGGAACUUUUGGAAAUACCUGGUUAACCCAAAGGGACAGGUGAUAAAGGUCUGGCGAACUGAAGAUCCAUUGUCAGCCAUCAAACAAGUAGUAUCAGAAUUAGUGGCAAAUAUCAUAUUGAGAAAAAGAGAUGAAUUUUGAAACAGAACAGCAGUACCUGACAACUUACAUGGAAACUAAAAAAAGAGUAAUCAGUCUUAAAGCACUUAGGCCCUAUUUCAGUUUAACUUGGCAGUGAACUUUACAGUGCUGAAAUAUCAAGAUGCCUGAAGAUAUUGUGGGAUUUCAUAAUGGAUAUUCAAAUCUAAAAUUAUUAAGUCAGGUGAACAACUCUUCCUACAGAUAUUUUCAGAUGUGCAUUAGGUACAAUGGAGUAAGUAUUUUUUUUUGUGAGCUAAAACCAAUUGACAUUUAAGUGACCUGCUUUGCUAAAUGAAAAUAUGUCUAUUAAUUCAUUUAAAGAAUACCAUUCUAGCUUUGUAGGUCAUUGUCAAAUACCAUUGCAUGUGUAUUGACACACUGUGGUAAUCCUGAAAUCAAUUUAAAUUGUUGAAGUGUAAUAAAAGAUAACCACUAAGAAUAAACAGAUUCUCUUCCAAUUGCAGUUGAUGUGCAAUGCAUUUACUGUUGUAUACAUCAGCUGUGAUUCAUGCAUGGUUUGUGAAGGUUUGUAGCUCAGGUUGAGGUUUAGGGUGUAGGUUUGCUCACUGAGCUGUAGGUUUGAUAUUCAGACUCUUCAUUACCUGGCUAGGUAACAUCAUCAGUGGCGACCUCCAAGUGAAGGGAAGCUGUUGUCUCCUGCUUGUCUCCUGUCCCAGGCUAAGCAAAGACAUGCCAGAGAAUUCCUAGAGGCCUGGCACUCCAACCACAACGCCAUAAACAAACACAUAGAUCUAGAUACCAUCUAUCAACCCCUCCGAAAACGAACAGGAAAUGACAUCACCCGGAACCCCAUCCAGGACAAACAUAUAAAUAGAAAGCAGGAGACAAAAGCUUCACUUCACUCGGAGGUCGCCACUGAUGAUGUUACCUAGCCAGGUAAUGAAAUGUCUGGAUAUCAAACCUAUAGCUCAGUGAGCAAACCUACACCCUAAAGUUGUAAUUCAAAUUGAACAGCUUUCUGGUUUUGCGUAUGUAAAUGCAUUAUAUGUCUUUUAACUAAAGGGUGUUAGAAUAUUUUGUACAUGGACUCAUAUCCAACAACAGACCAAAUCAAUAUCAUAAAACACAGAUUACUAGUCACCAUGUUGACUAUUAGAAAUGUUUGCACUGAAGUAGAUGCACUACCUGUUCAAGAACAAAUAGCUGCACUGCUUAUUUGGACAUUUACUUUCAAUUCGGGAAGAACCAGGUUAAUAGCAUAAUUUGAUUGUGGGUAUUGAUGCAUCAGUAAAUGUUUCACUCUUUGCAAAUUUGAGAUAAUAACAAGCAAGUCUUUUUUUAUCUGGAUAACAAUUCCCUUAAAUCUCUAAAUACAUCACUUUAAGUGCCAGUUUUUACAUGGUAAUAAUGUAAUAUCACUGAGUUUGUGUUCAUGUUCACACCAUUGCAACAUUAAUUUAAAGAUUUAGAUCUGUAAAUUUUACAGAUUAAUUUUACUGGUUAAGUGAUGUCAUAUUUGUAUACAUUCCUGUGUGUGAUCCAAUAAUUUUUAAUUGUAAUUUCCAAGACUGACAGUGUGUGUACCUAAAGAAAAAUUACAAGUUCAGAAAGGUCACUUUCAGCAUUCAAAGAAGUGGAUACAGGUUAGUCCACUCUGAUUCCAUAAAGUAAAUCUCUGUAAUGUGCUCCAUCAUGAGUUGUAACACCAUCACAAAGAAAGCAUUUUUUCUCAUUGCAAUUUAUUGUAUCAUCCUUUUUCCGAUGUUGUAUAUUGGAUAAAAUUGCAGCAACCAAAAGUGUGUGAAGCCAUUAGUAUACAUUUCUAGUUUCUGAUGGUUUUCAUCAGUUACUUGCAUUGCUCACAGAAGUGAAUUUACGGUAUAAAGAUCUCAUGUUUGUGAUUUAAACAAUUCAGUUUAGACAAGUGAUUUCUCAAUAUCAUGAAACAAAAAUUAUUCCCAGCAGGUGCUUCAGAUCAUUUGGUUUGAGAACUUUUCUCACAGAUGAAAUUGGAUGUAGCUUGUGAUGCACUUUGGGUUUGCUGGACAGUAACAAUUUUGGACUGUUAUGUGAAAAGCAAAACAUUAUUCAUGACCAUCUUGACAUGACAAGAGGUUUAGGAGGCUCUCCUCAUUACCAUUCCAUACUCUGUGUUACUCCUUUUCACUCUCAAUUACUCUUCAACUAUUCCUUAAAUAUCAUUUUCUUAUUCUUUAUAUCUCUUGCAUGUUACUUGCUUUAUUACACUUUAUCCCUUAGUAUUUCCCUUAGUAUUAUUCUCUCUUCUAGUUUGCUUUGUGUCUCUGUUACUGUUCUGCAUCUAUUAUUUUCUGUCUUGGUUUCUCUCUUCAAUACUGUCUUCUAGAGUCAUAGAGAUGUACAUCAUGGAAAUACAGACCCAGAUAUCCUAACCUAAUCUAGUCCCAUUUGCCAGCACUUGGCCCAAAUCCUAUUCAUAUAUCCAUCCACAUGCCUUUUAAGUGUUGUAAUUGUACCAGCCUCCACCACUUCCUCUGGCAGCUCAUUCCAUACACACCCCACCCUCUGCAUGAAAAGUUGCCCCUGAGGUCCAUUUUAAAUUUUCCCCUUCUCACCCUAAACCAAUGUCCUCUAUUUCUAGUCUCCCCCACCCUGGGGAAAAGACCUUGUCUAUUUAUCCUAUAUAUGCUUUUAUAAAUCUCUAUAAGGUCGCCCCCUCAGCCUCCGAUGUUCCAGGGAAAACAGCCCAGCCUAUUCACCAAAAUAGUGAAAAGGAAUGCUAUCAGAAUUGCCACUGAAAUGAGAGCUAGGAAUAGUGUUGCUGAACAUUAAGCUUGAAGUUAGAAGUUUUGUGCUUAUGAUUGACCUGUCAGACCCGGGCAUGUAUAGUUAACAUCAGUCCUGGUUACAGAGGUGAGGAUGGGUAUGGUGUAGUCUGCUUUCUCAGAAGAAUGUAUUCAGGGUUGGGAUUGAGAACUUAGAUGGGAGGGAAAUGCCUCGGAUACUGGGAUGGAGGGAAUGGAUGAGUAUAUGAUUUUUUGGGGAAUUUUUGAAUUUCAGAAAAAUCAACUCAAAUUAUUACCAAACUGAAUUUUGAGAUACUUGUUAAAAUGUCUUUAAGAGAUUUAGUUCUGGUGAGACCUGUAGCUGUCUUCUUUGUUUAGAAGGUUUCUGUUCAAUGACAGCAAAUGUGAUUGCAAUACAGUAACUGUGAUUAUAUAAAAACAGAACAAAAGCCACAAUGGGUCACACUUUUCCAGUUUAUUCAAGGGCCAAGGUAUUUGAUCUAAAGAAAAAUCUCUGUGGCAGCCUUGUUGUGCAGGAUUCUGUUUAGAAACAAAAGUGCAUAUUUAUGUGUAUCUCAAUGUGAAUCCAAAUCUCAAGCUUUGUAUACAAUAUCUGCAAAAACAAUAAACAAACUUUAUUUUGAA